AUGUCUCAGCAAGCUGCUCCACCAACACAGCCCACAGUCCCAACCAGUUCCAUGAGCUCACUCAAUAAAUCUGCCUCUCCCCUACAGCCACAAGCACACCACAGAUAGACCAGCUGAAAAAACAGCUGAACCACCACAGGUAAGCUAGCAGUGGAGCCAACGCCAGAGCCCCCUAAACACUCAGAGCCAUUGUCAAAACAACAAGAUAGGACUGGUUCCACUGCUAGCUUACCUGGCAGCACAGACCUAAAUAAACAGGAGAACACAGGAGGUUUUAGUCUAUUUGGGUCAAUAGGCAGUUUAUUUAGUGCAGAGCCUCCUCCAUCAAAGCAACAGCAACCAAAACCUGUAGAAAUUAGCCAAACAGACUCACAACACAAGGUUCUCAGUCGACACCAUGCAGACCUUCUCUUCAGAAACAACAAACAAUGGAUGGUUCUGGGCAAAGUGGGCUCCAACAGCCAGCUCUUGGUCAGCAACCAGGUAAAAGCAUGUCACAAGUAUUUCCUCCUAAUACAAGCACUGGCCCCACCCCGGGCCGAUCACAGACUAUGCCACCAACCGGACAAACCAAACACGAACCACCUCACAAACCAUCAGGCAGACUGUUUGGCUUUAUGGGAGAAAUUGGAGACAGGAUCUCUGGAACAACACCACCACCACCAACAACUCAACCACUAUUAAAGAGGAAACUCCUGGUAUUGGGUUAUUGUCCAUAUUUGGUGGGUCUAGUCCACAGUAGGCAUCAACCCAAACUGGGUCCUCAUCUCAAGCACCUCUCCCAGAACCACCUGGUAAAAGUUUAUUUUCAAUGUUCAGUGGACCAAGUCCACCACAGGCACCAUCACAGGCAACACCUCAGUCUGCGUCCACCCCUCCGAUGCCUCAACCACAACCUCAACCACAACCAGAGGCUAGCUCUAUUCUUGGAGGACUCCUUUCUGGUUCAACUGCCAAUGAAAGCCCAGCAAAAUGAUUGUUUUCCAUGUUUGGUGGCCCCAGUGCCCCACAACCUUCAGCAGCAACUCUGUCAGUUACAGGGUCCUCUGUUCCAGGAUCUACAGUGCCUAAAGAUCCACACACUAAAAGUGUAUUUUCCAUGUUCAGGGGCCCUUUGUCACCCCCACAAGCUAGCUCCGAUGAAUCGGCAACCACAGUACCUACUCCUGAGUGUGCCACUGCCCAAAAGCAAUCCAUCCCAAGGGUUCCACCUUAGGAACCUGUCCCACCUAAAGAGCUAG